CUCAGUAUAAUAGAUUAAUUGACACAUACCUGAGAGGAUGAUAAAGCAGAUUGUUACCCCUCGAAAAGACAUUGUCAACCUUGGCUUCGGGGCAGCUAUGCUUUAUUUAUAUAAUAUUCGUACGAAAACAUAUUAAUUAUCGCAUACUGCUCUAUUACAAAAAGUGCAAUCAUUCGGUAACAAGGAUUAAGCCAAUACAGUUCAAAUUAAAGACUGAACAAGAAAUAUGUUAGAGAAUAAAGAAGGCGGGAAAUAAUGGAAUGAAAUCAUCGACCUUAAACUUCCUAAUUUAUUUAUAGUUCUUACAGUGAGUUAUUGCCAACCAAAAUUUAAAGUUAACAGAUCACAACUAUGGACCUGAAGUUAUAUGUAAAUAAGUGCAUAUAACUCCGAAUAAACAAUCAAAUAUUUAAAACGACAAGUACUGUGUACGGAAUAUGUACUAGUACUUUCUAUUUCAUCGAUGACUUUUCAUUGAUCACACGUAAUUCAGUUUAAAAAAGAUUAAACUACUCUUCAACUGAUCUCUUCUGGGCACUUAAAAUAUGUACGUUUUUCAAUAUGAGAAGAAACUGAAAAGGGAGUAAACAGAUAAAAACGUGACUUCGUAGCCAUGCCUUAUUUUAAAUACGUGAUUAUUUCUUUCAUGCUAAUUCCCUUUGUAACAUCCUUACAAUGUGAUAUCGUACUUACGGAAUCAACAGAAAGAAAGGUGAAGAUAGCCAAUUGUAAAAAUAUUGGAUUAACGAAAGUUCCAACAUUUCUUCCAAAUGAUAUCAAUAUACUGGAUCUUAGUGAGAACAAUAUUAAAAAUCUCAGCAAUUAUGAUUUUGAACGGUACAGAAUAUUGGAAAAAUUGAUCAUAAAGAAAAACAAACUUCAUCAUAUUGAAGAAAAGAGUUUCGUCGGAUUAAAUCGAUUGAAAUUUUUGGAUAUGUCAGAAAACAAAUUGAAUUUGUUGCAUAGCUAUACGUCGGAAAAAUUUCUACCGUUGGUAAAUUUAACAAACCUAGAUAUUCGACGUAACAUAAAACAACCGUCUGAUACCAACUUGUACCACUACCCCGAUAACGCUUUUGCUGUUUUAGAACAGUUGAAUUUCUUUGCAUUAGACAUGGCUCCAAAUCCGAGUUUUGGUAAAGGAUUUAGGAUAUUGAAAAAGUUGAAAUCGUUGACUUUCGAACUUUGUUUUUUGAAAUAUCUUAACAAAAGUGUGUUUGAAAACUUUUCUUCGAACAUAAAUGAGUUAAAUUUAACAGGAUGUCGCUUACAUUUAGUCCAUGUAGAAAAUGAUAUUCUUCUUCCUUUUCCAAAGAUGACCAAGUUAAACCUAGAAGGAACUUGUAUGCAUCUAAAGCAGGCACUGAAUAUCUUAUCUCCUUAUAGUGGUAAGAGGUUUAAACUAAUAAAUUUCGGAGGAUUGAGCUGUCCUGUAUUCAAUAAUGAAAAUAAUAAUUUCGUACUGACAAUCACAAAAGAAAUGAUGCAAUAUCUGAAAACUAUUUGUGUCGAAUGGUUACAUUUAUCCGACAACGGGAUAGUUGAUUUUGAGAAAGAUUCGUUACUGUCGUUUGAUAGACCAGAAUGUAUAGAACAUAUUUUCUUCAAAGGAAACCGUUUCGCCUUUUCAAAGGGCAGACAAAUGGAUGAAAUAAAAAGUUUUUUUCAAAACUCCAAAAACUUAAAAACCUUAGACUAUUCAUAUAUUCCAGUUCGAUAUGAACUGAGCAAUAAAGACCUGGGUAGAAACGUUGUCCAUGAGAAACAACAAAGUAAAUCUUCUGAAGUCAUUAUUUUUCCUCGCUCCUUGGAAACUUUACUUCUAAGUAAUGUGUUAUGUUAUGAUUUUGAAAGACUUUUGUUAAUUCCAGAAGGAAGCAAUUUGACAUACUUGGAUCUUUCAUUUGGUUUUUCGCUUAUAGGAAUUCUGUUUCAAAAGAACUCAUCUCAGAAAAUCGAAACAUUGUUAAUAGAUGGUCAUCCACAUUCUACGUUUAUAGAUCAAGAAGAACUGAUGAAUAACGGAAAAAUCAAAACUUUAAAGUGGAGAGAUGCUAGUUUGUAUAUUCACAUGUACCCUGAUGAUAAGCAAUAUUCUUCGAUGAUACAGUCAGUAUUCAAGAAGUUAAAAUACUUAGAAAACCUAGAUAUGUCAAAAAAUUCCCUGUGGUUUUUACCUGAAAAUUUAUUACAAAGUAUGAAAUAUCUUUCAGAAUUACGUUUGUCUAAAAACUUAUUUCAUUUAGUUCCUCGACAAAUCAUGGAUCUUUCAAACAUAAAAUUAUUAGAUUUUCGUCAAAAUCUUUUAACAACAUUGGAUAAAAACACACGAAUAUGGGCAGAUUCAAUGAAUCAAAAACAAGGGUUAAAUGUUUUGAUGGCAGAUAAUGCAUUUGAAUGUAAAUGUGACAAUUUGGACUUUAUUGAAUGGAUAAAUAAAACCAAAGUCAAGCUUGACAGUCGCUCGUAUAAAUGUACCCUUGUUAAUGGUUCAUUAAUCACUGUACGAGAGGCCUACGAGAAGAUGCAUGAUUUGUUUCUUCAUUGUGAAAGUUCAAUAUGGCUUACCGUGGCCUCAACUUUGUUGUCCACGUGUUUCGUAACUGCUUUGUUAUUUUUUAUAUAUGGUAAACGAUGGGAAAUUUCUUUAUUCUUUUACCGCCAAUUCCGAAAAAUUCUCAAAAAAAAAUAUUGCAGAAGCUUUACUUAUGACGUUUUCGUUUCAUAUGGAGGAGACAGCGUACCUUGGAUUAAAAAUUAUUUAGUUCCAAAAUUAGAACACGAGUGGAAACUCAAAAUUUGUUUCAAAGAUCGUGACUUCUUACCAGGAGGUUCUUAUUUCGAUACAGAAGCAGAAAGUAUAGAAAACAGUAGACAUGUUAUUUUUUUGCUUACUCCAUCUUUUAAAGCGUCAGAAGAUUACCUUUUUGCAGUUGAAAGAGUAAAACACGAGAAAAGGAUACGUAAUAUAGAAAACAUUAUAGUUUUAGCAAAGGACAUUUCAUUGAAAAACAUUCCAACAGAACUAACUUAUAUUUGGAACUAUGUAUCAUUCAUUCAGUGGACAGAUGACACCGAUGAUAUCGAUAUCAUGUGGCAACAAUUAAGGCUAUGGAUAUGUCAGGAUUUUAUGUAAAAUAUCAUUCCUAAUAUUCUUUUCUCUAAUGGUUGUUGCCUGUUAUCGAUUUCUUGCAUGAAGAGAUAUUUCUCGUGUCACACUGCACGGAGUGUGAUACGAAAAAGUGAUAUGAAAAUAUGCGUUAAUUUGAUUGGCUUAUUCAGCAUCAUGAGACGAUAUUACGACAUUUCCAUUGGCUAUUCGUUAGGUCAUUGAUAACUUUCAAAGGUUAAGACGAUGUACAUUUCGUCCGUGGAAAUGGACAUAUGUGAUUUCUUCAAUAAUAUACAAAACGCUGACACUUUUCACCUGAAAAUUUUCAUUCUGUAAAAUUUUAUUACAUUCUGAAGCGUACAAAAAGUUUUAAAAUGUCUGAUGUUAAAGUUUUACAUCGGAACAGGACAUAUGACGUCAUAUUGGUAUGUGAAAAAGACUAGAUCAACGAUUCUGAAAGUGUUGACUAUAAGAGAAAUAGGUUUCACAACUUGUGAGAAUUGGAUAUCGCUUGAAAUCAACUCUCGUUAUUUAAUUUGAAUAAUAAUAAUAAACUCGCCGAAAGCUCGUUUAUUAUUAUAUUGCAAUUAAAUAACUCGAGUUGAUAGAUAUAGAAUCUACCACUGCAUCGAGUGUGAUACGAUAUUUAUCCACUCGAGACAGUUAAAUUUUCAAAUUUAAAACGCGAGGCUCGCCGAGCGUUUUAAAUAUUUAAAAUUUAACUGUCGAGAGUGGAUAAAUAUCGUAUUACACGAGAUUUGGUGGUGGAAUCUGUUUCUCUAAUGAUAUUCAAACAAUAUGCAGGCAAACAUAUUCCGUCUAUUCGAAUGAUCUGUAAAAACAUGUGUUCUUUCUAUGUGACGUCAUCAGGCAUGGUAGCCUUUUUUCAUGCCGUCAUAAUAGGAAAUUCAGAGGAAAGCAAGUAAAUUCGACGUCAUAAUCUGAUUUUAACCAAUGAAGAACUGAGAUCAAACGAACCACACGUUGAUUAAAUUUUUUUAUACAAUGGGUGCAGAAAAGGAUAAAUUGACGAAGAAUUAAAGAAAAGGCGAUAUCCAAUUCUCACUCGUUAUGAAACCUUUAAAUGUUUAUAAAAAUCAUAGGUUUUUUUGUUAAGGGAAAGAUUGUAAUACUAUCAAAUAAUUAUCAAAAUCUUGUAAUAAAUAAUCUUGGCUUCAUAA